CUUGAAAUAGCAAUGGCCUUCCAUUUUAUUAAAACAAUUAAGAGGUAAUUCAUAACACACAAGUAUACAUAUAUGAGAUAAAUAGAAAAUAUAUGGGAUACUUUGGAUAAAGUAGAUGAUAUAAUCAGUUAUAUUGGAUUUAGUUAUAAAAACUAGGUUAUCUUUUAUUUAUUCAGUCUGACAAAACAGGCUGAAGAUCGAUUGGAAUAGCUACGUCCUUAGUUUGAUUAUCUCAUCCAGAACUGCAUAAUGUUUGGAAUGAUUUUGUGUUUGCUGUUUAAUCACGUAAUAUCAGUGUCAGGUAACACUGUUUAUGGACCACAGUGUCACAUCUCUGGAAACGUUACAGACUGCAGCAGUCAAAAUCUGACUUACAUUCCGAAACUGAGCAACCAAACCAAGCAACUGAUAUUUGAUUACAACAUUUUACCAAAUGUUACACAAGGAACGUUUAGUAAUAUAAGCAGGCUUGAUCGUAUGUUAGAUUUAUCUUUUUGUUAUGACCAUAUAACAUUCUUAUCGCCAAAUUCCUUCUACAUAUUCACUUAUUUGAAGUAUUUGGAUUUGUCUGGAAAUAGGAUAAAUGUUGAUGACUUGGCUGCAUUUCUAGCAGAAACAGAAAGAAACAGUCAUCUCAAAUUUCUGAAGUUGAACAAUGUUAGCUUAGAGAUGGAUCCAGGUAAAACAUUUUCUUUGAUGCAAGAAACCAAGCUAGAUACUCUGUAUCUGAUGUCAAAUGGUAUAAGAAGUCUUUCUAAGAUGGUUCUGCAGCGUAUGAAUACAUUGCUCCUUCUCACCCUCGAUAGCAACCUUCUUGCUGAGUUAGAACUUCCGGUGAUGAAAAGACUAAAAGAACUACGAGUGAACCACAAUCGUCUUCGUGGUAUGCCAGAUUUUUGUCUGAAUAAAAGUAGUUCUGAAACAGAAGUUGGAAGCUUAACUCGAUUGCACCUUAGUUAUAACCAAAUCAGUGUUCUAAGCAGCAAAAGUUUUAAGUGUUUACCAAAGUUAACACAACUUAAAGUAAAAGGAAAUAUAAUCUCCUUGUUACCUAACGAAAUGUUUUCUUCAGUAAAAUAUAUUGAACUUUUUGAUGUAAGUUUGAAUACUGGGCAUCGCGCUCGCAUUGAACCACGUGCGUUAUGGUCAAAAACUCUUCGAUCCUUGACUACGGGGUUCGAUGGAUCAGCUAAGUCUAUAUUUGAUUCAAUAGAAGACACCUUCAGGAAUUUACCUCGGUUUGAGGGACUGAGUAUCAACCACAUUAAUAUGCUUAACCUGACAGACAAAGCAAUUUCAACUCUCUUUUUGCCUUUACCUGGCUUGAAACAUUUUGAGUGUUAUAGUUGUCGGAUAUCGCAGUAUCCUAGUAUAUUUCUAAAAAAUGAAUCCCUUUUGGAACACAUCAGUUUACAGGCGAAUUUUAUUGAAACAAUCAGUGAUUCUACAUUCAGGAACAAACCGUACUUGAAAUACUUAAAUUUAGGCAUGAAUAAACUAAGUCAUUUGAAAAAGUCGUCUUUGUCAGACGCAUUUCUAAAUAGUUUGGACACGUUAGACCUAUCCGGGAAUCCAUACACGUGUGACUGUGACUUAGUAUGGUUCAUAACAUAGCUAAAAAAUAAACAUCACACAAACAUUAAACAUUUUCUUAACAUGUAUUUAUGCACUUACCCAGGCGCUAUGUCGGGAAAGAAAUUGACGGAAAUACACUUUUCGUACCGGCAAUGCCACCCAUUUAGUACACUAGAAUGGAAGGGCAUGAUUGGUGGGCCUUGUCUGGUCCUAUUAAUGUUUGUUUCAUUCCUUUUAUAUCGAAAUAGGU